AUGGCUCCGAAAAUCGCGACCUUCCUGUCCAUCGCCCUGUCUGUGUGGACCCUGGUGGCUGCCGAGUCCAUUCCCAAGACAGAGUACGAUGUUAUCGUCGUUGGCGGUGGUCCUUCUGGUCUCAGUGCCCUAAGUGGCGUCUCGCGCGUGCGGAGAACCGCAUUGCUCUUCGACAGCCAGCAUUACCGUAAUGGCCCUACGCGUAACAUGCACGAUGUCAUUGGCAACGAUGGCACCCCGCCCGCCGAGUUCCGCGCCCUGGCUCGCGAACAGAUCCUCAAGUAUCCCACGGCCCAUAUCAAGAACGCAACUGUCAAAUCGAUCACUCCUAUCGGUACUAAUGAAGUCUCUCGGUUUUCAGUUGUUGAUACGUCGGGUAACAAUUACACUGCUCGCAAGAUCGUUCUUGGUACUGGUAUGCGGGAUGUGCUUCCCGAUACCCCCGGUUUGAAAGAAGCUUGGGGCAAGGGUAUCUUCUGGUGCCCCUGGUGCGAUGGCUACGAGCACCGAGACCAGCCCUUUGGUAUCCUCGGCAACCUGUCUGAUGUACUAGGCAGUGUAUUGGAAGUGAACACCCAGUUCUCGGACAUUAUCGCCUUUGUCAACGGCACCCAGACCCUGGCAGGGGAGGCCCAGGCCACUGCGGCCCACGCAGACUGGGAGAAGCAGCUCAAGGCCUGGAACAUCAAGAUCGAGAACCGCACCAUAGCCUCUAUUGAGCGCCUUCAGGAUGGCGAGACACACCAGGACAAGGCCACCGAUAUGCAGUUUGACAAGUUCCUGGUGCACUUUACCACUGGCGACCCCAUCGAGCGCAACGCUUUCAUCACCAACUUUGCGGCUGUGCAGCAGUCUUCCUUGCCGUAUCAGAUGCAUCUGAAUGUCACGAAAGAAAAGAUUAACGUCGACGCUAGUGGCAUGCGUACGAACGUCACCGGUGUCUAUGCCGUUGGUGAUGCCAACAGCGACGGUAGCACGAACGUUCCCCACGCCAUGUACUCUGGCAAAAAGGCCGCCGUCUAUCUUCAUGUGCAAUUGUCCCGCGAGGACUCCGCAUCCAAGAUCUCCAAGCGUACUGGCCUGAGCCAGCGCGAGUUGGAGAAAGAGGCUACUCGCGCGAUUGGUCGCAAUCUUGAGCCGCAGUGGGAGAGAAUUCAAAAGCGAAACUGA